GUGCGCGCCCUGCUGCUGGACCGCUCCCCACUCCUCACAGACCGCGCCGCCGCCGCGGCCCGCCGCCGGGCCCGCCCGCCGGGAGGGGCGCAGGAGGCCUGCCUCGGCGGCGGGGGGGCGGCCGGCGAGCGCGGUGCCGCGGUGGCAGGCGUGGUGGAGCCUUCAGAUGCGGCCCAGGAUUGGGGCAUGGGCCGGCUGUUCGACCGGGUUUGGGUGACACCAGGCAGCGGCGGCAGUGCCGGUGGCGGCGCCGCGAUGCUAGUGCCGUGCUGGGUGCCGCCUGAGAUCUGCCGCGCCCUGCUGCUCCCGCCGGGCGCGGCGGCCGAGCAUCUUGGCAAGGCCGCCGGACGGCGGCGGCGAGAGGAGGGGGGAGGCGGGGACGACGGGGACGGCGCGGGGCUGAAGCGGCGGCGGCGCGGUGAGGAGACGGGGCGGCAACCGGGCGUGGGACCGGAAUCCCUGGGGGCAGACGCGGCCGCGGGUGCCUGGGAGCCGCCAGGGUAUGAGGAGUCGCCGGCGUGGGAGGUGGAAGAUAGGGAGGCCGCGGCGGCAGCAGCCCCCUUGGCCAGCGAGGAGCUGGUUUGCGGAAUUGAUGAUGAGUUUGGAAGCCCAGGGGCGGCUGCAUCAAGCGAGGGCGCGGCGGCGGCGGCAGCGGCGGCGGCGGCCGCAGCUGGCGCUCGCGCGGCGGCGCUCCAGGGCGCCGUGUUGCAAGCGCAGCGGGCGGCCGGCGGCGGCGGCGGCGGCGACGACGGCGACGGCGACGCUGAGUUGGCGCCGGUGGCGCUGGCCUCGCUGGCGCCCGGAAGGGGCGGGCGGCUGCCAGCGGCGCGGCUGUUUGCGGCGGCGCUUGAGGCACACGGGCAGGGGUUGGUGAGGCUGCAGCAGGCAGCGGGGGAGUUUGCGCCUGUGUAUGUGUCGGCGGUGCGCGGCUAG